AUGUCCCCCACCACUCCCAUCAAGAUCUGGGGCCGCGGCAACAGCGCCAACGUCAAGAAGGCGCUGUGGACGGCCGAGGAAGUGGGCGUGGCGUACGAGUCCAUCCCCGCCGGCGGCGCGUACGGGCGCAACGACGAGAUCGUCGCCAUCGGCAACCCGAACGGCCUCGUCCCGACCAUCCAGGACGGCGACUUUGUGCUGUGGGAGAGCGCCGCGGUCGUGCGCUACUUGGGCCAGAAGUACGGCCAGGCGCCUUUCUUCCCGGACGACGCGCAGGCGCGCGCGUCGGCGGACAAGUGGCUCGAGUGGUCGCCUACGCUGUUCAAGGAACUCUUCCCGGCCUUCUUCGGCCUGGUCCGCACGCCAGAGGACAAGCGCGACCCCGCCGCCAUUACCGCGAGCGUCGCCGCCACGGCGGCGCUCAUCGCCAAGGUCGUCGAGCCGACGCUCGCGCGCCAGGACUACUUCUCCGGCGCCCAGUUCGGGUUCGGCGACAUUGCGCUCGGCGCGCUCGCGUACCUCUGGUUCGAGGCGAUCCAGGAGCGCCCCGCGCUUCCGGGCUGGGACGCAUGGUAUGCCCGCGUGAGCGCGCGCCCCGCGUUCAAGAAGGUGAUUGCUGUGGGUCUGUCGUAG